AUGGGAAUCGGACACUCUCGAAAAACUGGACAAAUGAAGGUUCACAGAAGGACUGCGUGGGAUGGAAAGUUUUCCAGGAAAAUCGCAAACUCACAUUCUCCAAAAAUAAAAACUAUAAGAUUUCUUACACCGGUUGUAAGUUCAUCUUCAAUUGAACCCCUGGCAAAACGUCCCAUUGAGACGUUUGGUAAAGAAUCUGAAGAUCCACUCUCCUACAAUAUCAAGCAAGAAUAUCCCUGGAACUACGAUGGAAGUUUUCAGCAAGCCAUAAAGAAAAUUGUCAUAAUGGCUCAAUGCUUUGGUGUAAUGCCCGUAACUGGUAUUACUUCGAAAAAUCCCAAAGAUAUGAGAUUUACUUGGCUUAGUUUCCGAACACUUUAUAGCCUUGUAGCAUUGAUAGCCACUGGAAUAUAUGCUAUAAUUACAUUACAUUACAGUUUGAGUUCAAAAAUUGAAUUUGUGAAAGUUGUUCCAGUUAUUUUCUACACAUCCAAUUUGUAUAUAAUUUAUGCUUUUAUUGGCCUGGCUAGGAAAUGGCCAUCACUGAUGGAAGAGUGGAAAAAGUCAGAAAUGUGUUUCAGUGCAUCUCAAAAAAUCCAGGAGAAACGACAUCUGAGGAAAAAGUUGUAUAUUGUAACUGCUGCCGUGAUGGUAUUUUCUUUGAUUGAGCAUCUUCUCUCUCUGGCCACGCUCGUACACUAUACUCAAGUUUGUCCAAUAAAGGACGAUCCCAUAACAUCUUUAUUUAAACAAGAAUUCACGCAACUCUUUGCAUAUACAAAGUAUUCAUUGGAAAAAGCGAUCUGUGCUCAGAUUAUCAACUUCAUUAGCACUUUUAUGUGGAGUUACAUGGAUUGCUUCGUGAUGGUAAUCAGCAUAGGGCUAUCGACUGGAUUUAAAAGGAUAAAUAAUCAAUUAGUGGUCUACAAAGGUCGAGCAGUAUCAGAGGAGUACUGGCAAAAGCAUCGAUCUGCCUAUCGACGGAUGUGUGAUCUCUGUGAGACUGUUGAUAAUCACAUAAGUCACAUAACUCUUGUGUCUUUCUCCAAUAACCUUUUCUUCAUUUGCGUCCAACUGCUUAAUAGUUUAAACCCCAAAGAUUCGCUCACUCAUACCUUCUACUUCUGGUUUUCCUUGAUCUUCCUGAUUGCUCGCACACUGGCUGUAUCUCUCUAUGCUGCUGAGGUGAAUGAAGAAGCCAAAGUACCUAUUCAGAUAUUCCGGGUGGUGCCACUGGAAUCCUGGUGUUUGGAAGUCAAGAGAUUCUACGAAGAAGUGUCCAAUGACACCAUUGCCUUAUCGGGAAUGAAGUUUUUCUAUCUAACCAGAAGACUCGUACUCAGUGUGGCUGGAACAAUUGUCACCUACGAACUAGUUCUCUUGCAAUUUCAUCAAGACGAAGAAAUUGAAAAUGUUAACCCCUGUAGCCCACUCUUAAAGGCAUAAGUAUAUUUCAUAUUAUAAGUUUUAAGACAUAAACCUUUCGAAGAAGUCACACAAAGUAUACAUGGGAGACGAGUAGCGCGCUAUCAAAGUCCGAUGUAUUGAAAAAUAAGGAAUUGAUGU